AAUAGUUAAAAUAUGAAGCCUCCAUUUCCCUCUUCUUCCUCUGCUGUUCUUAGAAAGGCUCGUUUCUCUCCUUUCCUUUUCACUUUGCUUGCUUUCAUUUUUUUCGUUGCUAUCCUCUAUGGAGAGGAUUUCAUGUGCAUUCUUGGACAGCUUGAACCAAUCCCCGGUCGAGCUAUCUCUAGACCAGUGAAGAAAAGAGAGAAGCUGCCAUUCGCUAUAGGGAAGAGUGAAGAAGGAUGUGAUAUAUUCAGUGGGAGGUGGGUUAAGGACGAGUUAACUCGGCCUCUCUAUGAAGAAUCGGAGUGUCCGUACAUUCAACCACAGUUGACGUGUCAAGAAUAUGGAAGACCUGACACCGAGUAUCAGAAAUGGAGAUGGCAACCUCAUGGCUGUGAUCUUCCUAGUUUCAAUGCCACAUUGAUGCUGGAGACCCUAAAAGGGAAGAGAAUGAUGUUUGUGGGAGACUCAUUGAACCGUGGUCAAUGUGUGUCAAUGAUCUGCCUUCUCCACAGACUCAUCCCAGAAGAUGAAAAAUCCAUGGAAACCUAUAAUAAUGAUGCCCUGACAGUGUUCAGACUCAAGAAUUACAAUGCCACCAUUGAGUUCUACUGGGCUCCAUUUCUUCUUGAAUCCAACUCGGAUAAUGCUAUUGUUCACAGGAUAUCUGACAGGAUUGUCAAGAAAGGUUCGAUCAAUAAGCAUGGCAAGCAUUGGAAGGGCGUUGACAUUUUGGUUUUCAACACCUAUCUAUGGUGGAUGACUGGCCUGGAGAUGAAGAUCUUGAAAGGGUCCUUUGAGGAUGACGAUAAAGAAAUAAUAAAGGUCUCAACUGAGGAUGCGUAUCGUAUGGCAAUGAGAAGCAUGUUGAGAUGGGUCAGGAAGAACAUGGAUCGAAAGAAGACAAGGGUUUUUUUCACUAGCAUGUCCCCUACUCAUGGAAAGAGCAUUGACUGGGGAGGUAAACCUGGUGAGAACUGUUACAAUCAAACAACUUUGAUUGAAGAUCUUAAUUACUGGGGUUCAGAUAGCAGAAAAAGUAUAAUGAAAGUGAUUGGGGAAGUAUUCAGUAAAUCCAAGAUUCCCAUCACAUUUCUCAACAUCACUCAACUUUCAAGUUACCGCAAAGAUGCGCACACAUCAAUUUACAAGAAGCAAUGGAAUCCAUUGACUCCGGAGCAGCUAGCCAACCCUGUUAGCUAUGCUGACUGCGUGCAUUGGUGUUUGCCAGGACUUCAAGACACUUGGAAUGAGCUUCUCUUUGCCAAGCUAUUCUAUCCUUGAAUAUAAUUUUAUUUGAUGAUGAAUUAUAUAUAUCAAAUCUUCUUUCUAAUUGGUUCUGGUCAUGGCCAAGCCUGUUUUACAAGUUUUUGGUGCUUGGCCUGGGUGGUGUCAACUGGUCUACAGAAUGGACAAAGGGAGAAGAAAAAUGAAAAAGUAGAUGAAAACAGAGGAGCUUUGUAAAAUAAUAGUGUUUAUUGCAAAGGAAAUAACAAUAAUGUGAUUGAAUUGAUUUUUUUUUUUAAAUUUGAAAUAUCACAAUGAAGAUAUUACUUACACAUAGUUUUGCUUUAACCAUGUCGUGGACUCACUAGUUUUGUCUACUAGUUAUGAUAUUUAGGCCUACAGAGAAACUAUUUUCCAAGUUC